AAGUUCAACAUGGCUGAAGCAUCUCUCUUACAAUCGGAGCUUGCUGAGGAAUUUCGGCUUGCUGCUGAGCAUGUGAAAAAUACACUGGUCAGUAGACUUGAACCCUCACAAUUACUUGGAUUGUAUGCUUUAUACAAGCAGGCAACACAGGGACGAUGUCCAUCUGAGAAGCCUCGCUGGUAUCAGCUUCAGGAAAAGCAGAAAUGGGAGGCAUGGAGCAAGCUUGGUGACAUGGAGCAAAGUGAUGCCAUGUCUGGUUAUGUUCAUAUGGUUUCUGAACUUGAUCCUGGUUGGACAGCUGAACCAACACAAGAUCGCCCAAGCGAAGGGUGGGUAACUGUCAGCUGUUUGAGUAAUACUGAUGAAUUUAUCCACGAUUCUGAUAAGACUGUGUUUGACUGGGUGAAGGAGGGUGAAGUUCAGCGGGUUCGUAAUGCUGUCCUGAAGGAAGGGGUAGAUGUUAAUGCUGUUGAUGCAGAGGGAAUGGGGCUCAUACACUGGGCUGCUGACAGAGACAAUGUGGAUAUGCUCAAAAUGCUUGUUGCCGAAUUAAAAGCUGAUGUAAAUUUGCAAGAUCAGGAAGGUCAAACUGCCCUACAUUAUGCUGCCUCUUGUGGCCAUGUAUCUGUAAUAAGGUUCUUGAUUGAGCAAGGUGCUAAUCAGACAAUUGCAGAUGUGUAUGGUAUGUUGCCUGCACAUGUUGCUUCAGAUGAGGAGAUGUGCCAUUUAUUUAACCCAGUGAAAUCUACUUGUCAAUGAUUACAAAUCUUAACUGUUAAUUCAUUGCAGUCUCCUGUGGUGCUUUACAAAACAUAUUUUUUCUCCCUCUUAAUUUUAAAUCAACUGUUAUGUACCAUGGUUUGAUUGUUUUGUGAAGGCUGUGUGUGAACACAAAAUAUAUAAUUUUUACUGAAUUAAUCAGCAACAAA